ACUGUUAUGCUAGUUCCAAACAAACGGUUUCAUUAUCUUCUCCAAUUCCAAAUGUGGUGUCUACCAUCUGUUCGACCAAAUGUCUCUGAGAUGUUCUUCAAGUCCCCAAUGCUCAAACCCACUGCUAGAUUCUCCUCCACUUCGUCUCCCUAUCUUCCUCCUUCCUUCAGCGUCGCCCCGAUGAUGGAUUGGACAGAUAAUCAUUACCGGACGCUUGCUCGUCUCAUAACAAAGCACGCUUGGCUUUACACUGAAAUGAUUGCAGCUGAAACCCUUGUUCACCAGCAGACCAAUUUGGACAGGUUCUUAGCGUUUUCUCCCCAACAACAUCCUAUUGUUCUCCAACUUGGUGGUAGCAAUGUGGAAAACCUUGCAAAGGCUGCUAAGCUUUCUGAUGCUUACGGAUACGACGAAAUUAAUCUCAACUGCGGGUGCCCCAGUCCUAAGGUAGCCGGUCAUGGAUGCUUUGGUGUUAGCCUCAUGCUCAAACCUAAGCUUGUUGGAGAGGCAAUGUCUGCCAUUGCUGCCAAUACCAACGUCCCUGUUACUGUGAAAUGUCGAAUUGGUGUAGACAAUCAUGAUUCGUAUGAUGAGCUCUGUGACUUUAUCUACAAGGUUUCUACUCUAUCACCUACCAGACAUUUCAUUGUACAUUCACGCAAGGCACUGCUCGGUGGGAUAAGCCCUGCUGAUAACCGGAGAAUCCCACCUCUAAAGUAUGAGUAUUACUAUGCCCUCGUGCGUGACUUCCCGGACUUGAGAUUCACUAUUAAUGGAGGCAUUACUUCUGUUUCAAAGGUAAACGCUGCACUGAAGGAAGGAGCUCAUGGAGUCAUGGUAGGACGUGCUGCAUACAACAACCCAUGGCAGACGCUAGGACAAGUUGACACUGCAGUUUAUGGUGUACCAAGCAGUGGCCUUACACGCCGACAGGUUCUUGAGCAAUAUCAAGUAUAUGGAGAUUCUGUGUUAGGAACACAUGGAAACGGGAGGCCUAAUGUGAGGGAUUUGGUGAAGCCUCUGCUAAACCUUUUCCAUUCAGAAAAUGGAAAUAGCUUGUGGAAGCGGAGAGCAGACGCAGCUUUCAAGGAGUGCAGGAGUGUUGGAUCGUUGCUGGAAGAAAGCUUGAGGGCGAUCCCGGACUGUGUCUUAGAUUCACCCAUAUCUGGGAGUCCAGAGAGCGGAGACGAAGAUGUGUUCGCAGAUGUGCACAAUGUAUUGCCCCCACCAUACGAAGCUGGAGAAGAAAUCAUCUUAUGCGCUUAGUUGUCGUUUGUAAUCUGUGUUUGUGAUUGUCUCUGUCGAUUAAAAUUGUAAAUUGAACGGGGCUUACUUCAAGUGGUUGUUAGUCUUGGGCUCGUGUAUGGGCUUUUUUGUU